UUCCUCUGGGCAGCCAUGUUGGUGAGGGGCAGGGUGAUUCCUCUGGGCAGCCAUGUUGGUGAGGGGCAGACGCGCAGAGCGAGGCCGAGGCGGAGGGUUUGGGCGGGGCGUCCAUCUUGGUGCGGGGCGGGUGACGUAGGGCGGAGCCGCCUCCCUGUCUUCUCGCGACGUCUCGCGGUAUCUGCGCGGCCCCGAGCUUCUUCCCGGCGGCGGUGCCACGUCUGUCUCAGUGUUUGUCUGAACCACGGUGUGUCCACGUUAGGGGCCAUGUCUGCGUCUCAGAGGUGGCGGCGUCCUGCAGGCGCGUCCUGCUUCCUUGCCUGCCUGUUCUGCUGCGGGCUGGUCCUGCGACUGGUGAACGGUCACGGACAUUCCCACGGUGACGACCACCACGGCCACUCCCACGACCACCACGGACACUCCCACGACCACCACGGACACUCCCACGGUGACGACCACCACGGACAUUCCCACUCGCACCACGGACACUCCCACGGUGACGAGCUCACCGGCCACUCCUACCCCUCCGACCAUCCUGCCCAUUCCCAAGGGAAGAACCGCUGGAAGAUGGACGCGGCGUCGGAGCAACCAAAAGCCGGGAAGGAGGAUGGCAAACCCGUGGAACUGUGGUCGCAGGUCAGUGUCGUACAGCACAGAAGCAGGUCGCUCAGCCCGACCCGUCCACGCCGACCAAGCUGCCCACCUGAGCUAGUCCUCCUUUGCCUGCGUUUGGCCCAGAUCCCUCUACACGUAGAACGGUCCCACAGGCCCUUCAGCCCAUUAUAUCUGUGCCAAACACAAUGCCACAUUAAACUGAAUCUCUUCUGCUGGCAUGUAGAAAUAUAGAAAACCUACAGCACG